AUGGACUACUCCACCUCCCUCCUCCGCCUCACCUUCCUCGCCCUCGGCGCCGCCCUGGUCCUCAUCGUCGCCCGCUCCGCCUUCCGCCUGCCGCUCGCCAUCGACGCCCCGGCCGCCUCCUUCUUGCACGGCGCCGGCGGCUGCACCCGAUUCUCGCCGUGGGCCUGCCGCUCGCCACGAACCGGCAAGGCCCCGCCACGCCGCCCAUCGCACGAGUCCGACGUGCCGCGCCACCCGCUCGACCCGCUCACGGUGACGGAGGUCAACCGCGCGCGCGAGCUCCUCCGAGCGCACCCGCCGUUCGCGUCGGCUCCGUCGGCCCUGGCCGUGCACGCGCUCGCGCUCGACGAGCCGGACAAGCCCGCCGUCCGGCGCUGGCGGAAGGGCGCCCACGCGCUCCCGCCGCGCCGCGCCGUCGCGGUCGUCCGCUUCCAGGGGGAGUCCCACGUGCUCGCCGUCGACCUCGCGGCCGGCAAGGUCGCCCCUCUGCCCGUGCCGGCCUCCGGCUACCCGACGAUGACCAUGGACGAGCAGACCGCCCUCUGCGCGGCGCCGUUCAGAGACCCGGCGUUCAACGCCACCAUCCGGCGCCGCGGCGUGCGCCUGGCCGACGUCGCGUGCCUGCCCAUCUCCCCCGGGUGGUACGGCCCCGCCGAGGACGGCGGCCGCCGGCUCAUCAAAAGCCAGUGCUACUCCACCGAGGGCACCGCCAACUUCUACAUGCGCCCCAUCGAGGGCCUCACCGUGCUCAUCGACAUGGACACCGGGAAGGUCGUCCACAUCUCCGACCGCGGCGCCGGCAUCCCCAUCCCGGCCGCCAAGAACACCGACUACCGCCUUGCCGCCAACGACGACGCCGAUAGAUUCGGGUACCAGACGGUGCGGGCGCCGUCGAUGGAGCCGGCGCCGGAGGGCCCAGGAAUCCAGAUUGAGGACGGGCACACGGUGCGGUGGGCCGGGUGGGAGUUCCACCUCAAGGCGGACGCGCGCGCGGGACUGGUCGUGUCCCGCGCGACGGUGCAGGACCCGGCCACCGGGGCGCGGAGGGAGGUGAUGUACAAGGGCAUGGCGUCGGAGCUGUUCGUGCCGUACAUGGACCCGACGGAGGCGUGGUACUUCAAGACCUACAUGGACGCCGGCGAGUACGGCUUCGGCCUGCAGGCCAUGCCGCUGGUGCCGCUCAACGACUGCCCGCGCCACGCGCGGUACAUGGACGGUGUCUUCGUCGCCGCCGACGGCCGGCCGUACGUCCGGGACAACAUGAUCUGCGUCUUCGAGCGCUACGCCGGCGACAUCGCGUGGCGACACUCGGAGAGCCCCAUCACCGGCAUGGACAUAAGGGAGUCCCGGCCGAAGGUGACGCUGGUGGCGCGCAUGGCGGCGUCGGUGGCCAACUACGACUACAUCGUCGACUGGGAGUUCCAGACCGACGGCCUCAUCCGCAUCAAGGUCGGGCUCAGUGGGAUCCUGAUGGUGAAGGGCACGCCCUACUCCCACAUGAACCAGGUCCAGCAAAACGAGGAGAUGCAUGGCACCCUCCUCUCCGAGAACGUCAUUGGUGUCAUCCAUGACCACUACGUCACCUUCCGCCUCGACAUGGAUGUCGAUGGCGCCGACAACUCCUUCGUCCGCGUGGACAUGGCCCGCCAAGACACCGCGCCUGGCGAGUCCCCACGGAGGAGCUACCUCAAGGCCACACGUCAUGUCGCGAGCACGGAGAAGGACGCCCGGGUCCGGCUGAAGCUCUAUGAGCCGGCCGAGUUCCACAUCAUCAACCCGACGAAGAAGACACGUGUCGGCAACCCCGUGGGCUACAAAGUCGUCCCGGCCGGCACUGCCGGUAGCUUGCUGGACCCCGAGGACCCUCCGCAGAAGAGGGGCGCAUUCACAAACAAUCAGAUUUGGGUCACGCCCUACAACAAGAACGAAGAAUGGGCCGGUGGGCUGUUCGUGUACCAGAGCAAAGGGGAGGACACGCUGGCUACUUGGUCGGAGAGGGACCGUCCGAUCGAGAACAAGGACCUGGUGCUGUGGUACACGUUGGGGUUCCACCACAUCCCUUGUCAGGAGGACUUCCCCAUCAUGCCCACUGUGUCGUCCAGCUUCGACCUCAAGCCAGUCAACUUCUUCGAGAGCAACCCCAUCCUCAAGCAGCGGCCCACCAUGGAAAAGGACCUCCCCGUCUGUGCCGCUACCGCCUAA